AUGGCAACAUCGAAUACCAACCAGACCAGCGAUGCGUCGGCGCCGGCCCAUCAGCACAGCGAAUUCGAACUCCGUCGUGCGGCAUUUGUGGGUGAUAUCGGAGAGAUCGGGAACGAAUUCUCGAGCGUCGAGGCUCUGUGGAGUCAGUUCGAGACCGUAAUGGGCCGGUCGGAAGAGGAAACUUCGAACGGCGCGAACAACCACAACCACGAUCACGAUCACAACUCGUCGUCAGAUCCGACGGCGGGCGGGAACGCGAAUCACGAGGGAGAGGCGGGCGCGCCGGAGAGAUGA